CUUUAUUUUGUGUCGGGUUUCUGCAUAGGGUGUUUUGGGGGUAUAAUUAGAGGAAAAUGAUCAUGAUGUCAAUGGAGGGACGAUGGAUAAAGGAGUAUUGGAUGAUAUAAUAAAAAGGUUAUUAGAGGGUAAAGGAAGCAAACAAGUCCAGCUUUCAGAAGGAGAAAUUCGUCAGCUCUGUAUUAAUUCUCGCCAAAUCUUCCUCUCUCAGCCUACUCUUCUUCGGAUUCAUGCUCCAGUUAGAAUUUGCGGUGAUAUACAUGGGCAAUACCAAGAUCUCUUGAGGGUAUUUGAAUAUGGGCAGUACCCUCCAGCUUCAAACUACCUGUUCUUAGGGGAUUAUGUUGAUAGAGGCAAGCACAGCUUGGAGACAAUUUGUUUGCUUUUGGCCUACAAGAUAAGGUACCCAGACAAGAUCUUUCUCUUAAGGGGAAACCAUGAAGAUGCAAAGAUCAAUCGAAUUUACGGGUUUUACGACGAGUGUAAAAGAAGGUUUAACGUUAGGCUUUGGAGAGUUUUCACGGAUUGCUUCAAUGCCCUGCCCGUGGCCGCACUCAUCGACGAGAAGAUACUUUGUAUGCACGGAGGGUUGUCCCCGGAGUUGAAAAGUUUGGAUCAAAUAAACCAAAUUCAAAGGCCGACUGAAAUUCCAGAUAGCGGUCUUCUGUGCGAUCUGCUUUGGUCGGAUCCCGAUCCCAAGCUCAAGGGUUGGGCGGAUAGUGAUCGAGGAAUCUCGUGUACUUUUGGACCCGAUGUAGUUACUGAGUUUUUGCAAAAGAAUGACAUUGAUCUCAUAUGCCGUGGUCAUCAAGUUGUGGAGGAUGGAUACGAAUUUUUCGCUAAACGGAGAUUUGUGACGAUAUUUUCAGCUCCAAACUACGGCGGAGUUCAACAAUGCGGGUGCUUUUCUAAGCGUCGACGAAGAUCUUAUCUGCUCGUUCGAGAUUUUGAAACCGGUUCAAGCCUCACCGAGCAGUUCAAACAAGUUGCCAUUGAAGAAGCCACCGAAGCUUGGGAAGAUUUGAUGUGUCGACGAAGACGGGUUUUUGAGGAUGCCAAUGCCGAAACAGGGGAAUACCACGAGCUCGAUCCGAAGAAAAUUCCGAUCAACUGUAAACAAAUGGACUUACAAGGAAAUCUUCUUUGAGACUGAAUGCUUUGUUUGAUACUAAUUGCAAUGGAAUUUAUAGGGGAAAUCUGUAAAUCAAGCACCCAUUUUUAUC